AUGUCCAACAGCAGCUCCAUCACCGAGUUCCUCCUCCUGGCAUUCGCAGACAUGCGGGAGCUGCAGCUCCUGCACUUCGCAUUCUUCCUGGGCAUCUACCUGGCUGCCCUCCUGGGCAACGGCCUCAUCGUCACCACUGUAGCCUGCGACCACCGCCUCCACACCCCCAUGUACUUCUUCCUCCUCAACCUCGCCCUCCUUGACCUGGGCUGCAUCUCCACCACUGUCCCCAAAGCCAUGGCCAAUUCCCUCUGGGACACCAGGGCCAUUUCCUAUGCAGGAUGUGUUGCACAGGUCUUUCUCAUUGUGUUUUUGUUUUCAGCAGAGUAUUCUCUUCUCACCAUCAUGGCCUAUGACCGCUACAUUGCCAUCUGCAAGCCCCUGCACUACGGGACCCUCCUGGACAACAGAGCUUGUGCCCAGAUGGCAGCAGCUGCCUGGGGCAGCGGGGUUCUCAGUGCUAUCCUGCACACUGCCAAUACAUUUUCCCUGCCCCUCUGCCAAGGCAAUGCUGUGGACCAGUUCUUCUGUGAAAUCCCACAGAUUCUCAAGCUUUCCUGUUCACAGUCCUUCCUCAGUGAAAUUUGGGUUCUUGUGGGUAAUGUUUUCGUCGACUUUGGAUGUUUUGUAUUCAUUGUGCUCUCCUAUGUUCAGAUCAUCAAGGCCGUGCUGAGGAUGCCCUCUGAGCAGGGACGGCACAAAGCCUUUUCCACAUGCCUACCUCACCUGGCAGUGGUCUCCCUGUUUCUCAGCACUUCCAUGUUUGCCUACCUGAAGCCUUUUUCCAUCUCUUCCCCAUCUCUGGACCUGGUUGUGGCAGUUCUGUACUCAGUGGUGCCCUCAACAGUCAACCCCUUCAUCUACAGCAUGAGAAACCAGGAGCUGAAAGUUGCACUGAACAACGUGAUUUCAUUGACAUUUUUCACUGAUGGUAAACUUCUCAUCUGUCUCCACAACUGACUGACAGUAUACUCAUGACACUCCUGUGCAUUUCUUCUUCUUCUUCUUCUUCUUCUUCUUCUUCUUCUUCUUCUUCUUCUUCUUCUUCUU